AUGGGUUGCAGCCAAGCGAAGAUCGAACCUGAAGCAUUGACGCCAGACGAUGCGAGAAUUAUUCGAGAGACCUGGAAAAUGGUUGGUAGAGAAGCCUAUGGUGAAUAUGGUCAACGGCUCAUGCUCAGGAUUUUUCAAAAAUGUCCAGACAUCAAAGCCCUUUGGCAAAAUCCCCGUGUUAUGAAUAAUAAUGCAACCACUACUGCCGAUGACGCCGACGCUCCCAAUACCGCUAAUCGCUGGAAAAUGGAUUUAAGAAAUCAUGGCUCGAAAUUUUUCAAUUCCUUAGAUGAUCUAAUCAGUGUUGUGGAUAAACCUGAAGAACUCUUCAAAAUGCUACACGAUAUCGGCAAUCGUCACAGAGGCUAUGAAGUCAAGCCUGAACACAUUCAAGCUAUUGUUGAUGGGCUUAAUCAUACGAUGGAAUUCGGCUUACGAGACAAAUGGACGGAUAAUCGACAAAAAUCUUUUCAACGUUUAAUUAAUAUUAUUGUUGCUCGAACCAAUCGAGCAUUAUCUGGUACCGAAAAAUGA